CUCCGAUUGGGCAACCGCCCCAGUUGAAAGUAAAUGUUUAGGACAGGAAGUCCAUGGAAAUCGCAACAACAACCUUUCAAGACAAGUAAAACCUAAUCCCAUUGACAUUUUAUAUAAUAGCUUUCAGUCUCUUGUAUUCACCAACCAAAAAAAAAUCAUAAUCUUGCAAAUCCCCAAGAUUAAUUAUGUCUCUUAGAGCAAGAACAGGAACUACAUCCGCCAAGCAAGCAUCCAUACCUGAGGUAAGCACAGCAAGUUCAAGCUCCACCAGCACCAAGGGAGACCAUGAACCUGAAACCCCCAAAUCUCCACGAGCAUCUCCUUCUCUAUCACAAAGGGCAAUCUCACAAACCCUAACAGGCACAGCAAACCUAGCCAAUCUCCUUCCCACAGGCACCCUUUUAGCCUUUCAGCUUCUAACCCCAAUCUUUACCAAUAAUGGUGCCUGUGACUCUGCUACACGCCCUUUGUCCCUCCUUCUUUUUGUGCUUCUUGCAAUUUCUUGCUUUCUUGCUUCAUUUACAGAUAGUGUGAAGUCAUCAGAUGGGCAAGUCUACUAUGGUUUUGCAACUUUUAAAGGGAUUUUUCUGUUUGAUUGUCCAGAUCCUGCAAGUUUAUUCGACCUGAAAGAUUUGAGCAAGUACAAGAUUAGAUUCAUUGAUGGGGUUCAUGCUGUUUUAUCUGUGCUGGUGUUUGUUGCUGUGGCUUUGAGGGACAAGAAUGCGGUGAGUUGCUUCUAUCCUAUGCCUAAACAUGAGACUCAAGAGGUUUUGGAUAUUGUUCCAAUUGGGAUUGGGCUCAUCUGUAGCUUGUUGUUUGUUGUUUUCCCAACUCGAAGGCAUGGGAUUGGCUACCCUGUUACUACAGGCAAAUAAUUCAUCAACCAUUUGUCUCCUCUGUUUCUUUGUAUCUUUCUCUGUUUUUUUCGAUUCCUUAAUGAGUUAGAAUUUGUGGUCCAUUAGCUGUUGCUUCAAGGUAGACAUUGCUGACUUUUGAUUGGUAUAUUUAAUGAUGGGUGUCUUUUGUGGA